CUCAUAUAGAAUGCAAUUUAUUAUAAUUUUAAUGUCUUAAAAUAACGCAAGAAGCGCAUUAAAAAAUUUCAACGAUGAAAAUAUAUUUUACAAAUUGUAUUUAUUUUACAAGUUAAUAUUUGUAGUUUAUUGUAAGAUAUCUUAUCUAAUUCCAAUAUGAUAACUUUUAACCUUUUUAAGACCCCCGCGAAUUGUAAGAUAUUUUAAAAGCAUUCGAUGUGUUUCAUAUACAUAUUGUGAGCACAUUUUGUCACGUAUAUAUAUGAAACACUGUUCAUACGUAUGCAAUAUAGACUAUAUAUUGGGAUUGAAGAUUACUUUAGUGUUGCACACUUGUUGAAUCUCUUCAGUAGUCUUACAAUAACGGCAAAUAUUGAGUAAUUUAACUAUUUUCGUAUAUAUCUACUUCCUUUAGAGGUAACAUUUAAAAAAAAAAUAAUAUGACUGCCGGAAAUUUAGCGUUGUUAAGUGUCUCUGAUAAAACAAACCUUUUGCCAUUUGCUAGAAAAUUGCAUGAACUAGGUUUAUCUUUAAUUGCAUCUGGUGGAACAGCAAAAUCUUUGAGAGAUGCAGGUCUUCCAGUGAAAGAUGUAUCUAAUAUCACUGGUGCACCUGAAAUGCUUAAUGGAAGAGUUAAAACCCUUCAUCCUGCUGUUCAUGCUGGUAUAUUAGCUAGACUCACAGAGCUUGAUCAGCAAGAUCUUCGUAAACAAAAUUAUCAGCUCAUUCAAGUUGUGGUAUGCAAUUUAUAUCCGUUUGUAAACACAGUUGCAAAAUUAGAUGUGACAAUUGAAGAUGCGGUAGAAAAUAUAGAUAUUGGUGGAGUAACUUUGCUACGAGCUGCUGCUAAAAAUCACAAUAGAGUAACAGUUGUCUGUGAUCCUAAUGACUAUGAAAAAAUUGGAAAAGAAUUAGAAUCAUCUAUUAAUAAAGAUACCUCUUUGGAAACUAGACAAAUAUUAGCGCUUAAAGCAUUCACUCAUACAGCGGAAUAUGAUAAUGCUAUUUCCGAUUAUUUCCGCAAACAAUAUAGUAGUGGCGUUUCUCAGUUGACACUAAGAUAUGGAAUGAAUCCACAUCAAAAACCAGCACAAAUUUUUACUGCUCUAGAUAAAUUACCACUAACGGUGAUAAACGGUUCUCCAGGUUUUAUUAAUCUUUGUGACGCAUUAAAUGGUUAUCAACUAGUAAAGGAGUUAGAAGCAGCUCUAAAUUUGCCAGCCGCAACAUCUUUUAAACAUGUUAGUCCAGCUGGUGCUGCAAUUGGUGUACCACUAGACACCAUACAAGCAAAACUAUGUCAAGUAGAUGAUUUAUUGGAUCAACUUACACCAUUAGCUACUGCUUAUGCACGUGCACGAGGAGCAGAUAGAAUGUCAAGUUUUGGAGAUUUUAUAGCAUUAUCUGAUGCAUGUGAUGACGUUACUGCUAAAAUGAUAUCUAGAGAAGUUUCUGAUGGUAUUAUCGCGCCCGGAUAUUCAGAGGAAGCACUUAAAAUUUUGAAGAAGAAAAAAAAUGGUGCAUAUUGUGUUCUUCAAAUUGAUCCAAAUUAUGUACCAUCUCAGAUGGAACGUAGAAUUUUGUUCGGUUUAACUUUGGAACAAAAACGUAAUGAUGCAGUUAUCGAUAAAAAUACAUUUUCCAAUAUAGUAACCAAAAAUUUGACAACUCUUUCUGACAGUGCUAUGAGAGAUUUAAUCGUAGCGACUAUUGCUUUAAAGUACACACAAAGUAAUUCAGUUUGUUAUGCAAAAGAUGGGCAGGUGAUUGGAAUUGGUGCAGGACAGCAAUCAAGAAUUCAUUGUACAAGACUUGCUGGUGAUAAAGCUGAUAAUUGAAAUUUCGAACGCUAUUGACAAUUAUGUAAACGGAUCCAUUGGAAAAGAUAUGGAUGAAGCUACUUGGACAGCAAUAUAUGAGGAAGUUCCACAGAAACUUUCAGAAGAUGAUAAAAUAAAAUGGAUAAGUCAAGCAGAUAAUGUUGCUUUGAGUAGUGAUGCUUUCUUUCCAUUCAGAGAUAAUGUAGAUAGAGCUAGAUUGAGUGGCGUCAAAUAUAUCGCAAGUCCUUCUGGUUCUGUAAAUGAUGAAGCAGUGAUACAAGCUUGCGAUGAACACAAAAUGAUAUUAAUUCAUACUAAUUUGAGAUUAUUCCACCAUUAAGUAAAAACAUUUAAUUCAUAAUUAAAGGAUAUAUAUAUAUAUAUAUGCGAGUUAUUUUUAUCUAUGAUAAAUAAGAAAUAUACUGAAAUAAACAUGUACCGAGUUCAGAAUUAAUGCAUGAUUGAUUGUAAUAUUGAAAAUGUAUUUUUAUAUGAAAUAAAAUGAAUAUAUAAUAAAAAGAAGUAAAACUAUUGAAAUGACAAG